CGGCGGGCAAUUUCAAAUUGUUGUUUAGGAGGACUUAGCAGUUUUAAGCAGAACCAUGAAAACCUCUGUGACAACUCCCUCCAGCUCCAAGAGUGCCGGGAAGUGGGGGGCGGCGCGUCUGCGGCCUCAAGCAUGCUACCUCAGUCCAUCCCCAGCACCCCCGACAUCGAGAAUGCAGAGCUGACGCCCAUCUUGCCCUUCCUGUUCCUCGGCAACGAGCAGGACGCUCAGGACCUGGACGCGAUGCAGCGGCUGAACAUUGGCUACGUCAUCAACGUCACCACUCACCUACCCCUCUACCACUACGAGAAAGGCCUGUUCAACUACAAGCGGCUGCCAGCGACCGACAGCAACAAACAGAACCUGAGGCAGUACUUUGAAGAGGCUUUUGAGUUCAUUGAGGAAGCUCACCAAUGUGGGAAGGGGCUGCUCAUCCACUGCCAGGCUGGCGUGUCCCGCUCCGCCACCAUUGUCAUUGCUUACUUGAUGAAGCACACGCGGAUGACCAUGACUGAUGCUUAUAAAUUUGUCAAAGGCAAACGACCAAUUAUUUCCCCAAACCUUAACUUCAUGGGGCAGUUGCUGGAGUUUGAGGAAGACCUAAACAACGGUGUGACACCACGAAUCCUUACACCAAAGCUGAUGGGUGUGGAGACGGUUGUGUGACAAUAAUCUGGCUGGAAAGGAUGACUGUUCUCCAUUAGGAGACGAAGAGGAAGGAGGAUGGAUUCUUUCUUUUCUUUUUUUUCUUUUUUCUUUUUUUUUUUUUUUUUUAGAUGGGGUAAAGUUUGUGAAUGGAAACCAACUUGUUUAAAACUUUUUAUUUUUAACAAGUGUGAGAAGAAUUUAACUUUUGAUGCCAUUGAGAUUUACUUCCCGCCAACUGACAAAGCAGGGAGGCUAAAGACGUAAUUUUUUUAAGUCAACAAUAAAAAUAUAACAAAAUUGGUUUCUUCCCCUUUUCCUUUUAAGCGAUUUGUAGAGUUUACGAUUAACUAGUCUGUGCAGGUUCAUAGACCGAAGAUACUACACUUUAAACCAAUUAAAAAGAACCCAAAGUACGUAGAAAAGACAUUGAAUCAUGAAGACCUAGGAUCUGCCUGGGCUGUCCUUGCGAAAACAAAAAACCCAACCAAACCAAGCCCUGCUGUGCUCACUGGUGCAAAGAGAAGAUCAGGGCAGCUUAAGUGGUCUAAGAACCCUUCACAUUCUUUAAAGAGACAAAGGAUACUGUUGAUUUUGUGUGUUUCGUACUCUGGAUUACUUUUCCCCCCUCUCUGGGUUUAAGAGAUUUUUUUGAAAUAGCGAGGAACUGACCAUUAUACCAUAUGCCUUCACUGGCUUCUUGUGCAAUAAUAUGGUGUUUUGAGUGUGCAAGUGAGUUAGAGCUGGCAGCUGAAUGAUAGACAAAUAGUGCAAAGUUGCCAGCUUGGAGCUAGAAAGGAAUUAAACAAAACCAAUUACUUUCUUUCCCACCUUUUUCCUUUGUUUAACUUUUUUUUGAUUUGAUUCUGGUUACAGUGCCAUAAACCUUGUUACAUAUGUAUAUCAGAAUGUAAAAAAAAAAAAAAAGACAAAAAUUUAUUUAAAAAUAUUUUUCUCAAAAAAAACUUGGUGUGUUUCCGUUGAUUGUGUAAAAUUUUAUUUUCAUUAUAUAAAUGAAACUCAUUUGGAGAUGUGUCUUUUUUCCUCCUCUUUUCCUCAGUUCAGGUUCAAGCAUCUCACAGCUCCAGUAACUUGUACAUGUAACAUAAUUGGAAAUAAACACACAUUUUUAUAAAGGGAAAGAGAGAUGAGGGAGAGACAAUAGUCUCUGGCCUUAGUGCGAAGCAGAGAGAAUUAGCAAGGGAGUAAAAAAAGCUCCAGUCUGCCUAGUCAUGAUCUCCUCUAUUGCCACAGCCCUGCCACCCACUUCUGCCAAUGUAAUUCCUCUUACAAAGCGGAAGCCUCUCCCUGGUGUCACAGUGGUUGGGAGUCCGCCUGCCUAUGCAGGGGACGCGGGUUCGUGCCCCGGUCCGGGAGGAUCCCGCAUGCCGCGGAGCGGCUGGGCCCGUGAGCCAUGGCCGCUGAGCCUGCGCGUCCGGAGCCUGUGCUCCGCAGCGGGAGAGGCCACAACAGGGAGAGGCCUGCGAACCGCAAAAAAAAAAGAAAAAAAAAAAAGAGAAAAGCGGAAGCCUCAGGUAACCUCCUUAAAGGCGUGAGAAGGUUCUAUAUCAGCCUUUGAGCCUUGGUGAUUAGGUCACUGCCAGGUUAGAAUUCUAUGAUCUCCCCAGUGGCUCUUUGAUAAAUAUUUAUGACAAUCUGACAGGUAGGGGUCUUGACGCCCCCCUCCCCCGCUGUCAUUUGCUCACUCGACAUCUUUGGUAACAUUAACCACAUAGUGUACACUGCAACACGUUGCUACUUCCUACUUUUUUGCGAGCAAACUGAGCUCAGAUUCCUAAGUUCAGCUUCCCCAUCGCACUUGGCUAAUACACAGCUAGUGUUCCAUGGGUUCCCAGUCCACAGCAGAGUUAGAGUGGGGUAGGGGAAGAACAUGAUUCAGAUGUUUUCUAUGUUUUAUUAAAAUAGAUGCCUCCAGGGAUUUGGCCAUAGGGAAGAUUCACAGCGAAUUAAGAUUUGCCUGAGGUGGGAAAGUAGGAGAAUUCUGGCAUUUUCAAUUCUAUGUGACUACAUUUGGACAUACUAUUCUUGUGAAUAUUUGCUGACAAUCGUUAUAAUGAAAUAUUUUUGACAUUUUAAAAAUAGCUUUUCUAUUAGAAGUGAUUUAACUUUUUCUUUUAUUAGAAAAGUAGAGACUGACGUUAACAGGAAUUAACUGAGAGCUGUCUUGAAUGGUUUUGGUUUACUACAAACUGUUAGGAUGAAAAGUAAAUUUCUCUUACGGUGCUUUCUACUCUGCAAACUAACAAUUUUCUUGGUGCUAGAACAUAUUU